AUGACGACUGACUCGUUACCCCGACGCUCGUUUUUGGGGCUGGAGGGUCAGCAUGUUUUCAUCACUGGCGCUGCUGGUGCCAUUGGGGGCGAGGCGGUGCGCGAAUUUCUCGAUCACGGAUGCCGUGUCACGGCCUAUGACAGUCGCCCACUCCAGCUCUCUGGAAUAGACGCCGAGCGGUUUUCAAGACUGCAGCUUUUGAGCGGAGAUGUCGGUGAUGAAGAGUCAAUUCAGACCGGGUUUAAGAAGGCACAGGAACGAUUCGGACCUGCGAAUAUUCUAGUGGUCAAUUCCAGCCUCGAGGACAAGACCAACAAGUAUCCCAUCUGGGAUCUGCCCCUGGACGAAUGGGAAAAGAAUUAUAGAGUGAAUGUCCGCGGCUCUUUUCUUGCCAUCAAGCAUUUCCUGCGAUGUGUAAGCGAGUGUCCGCAGGCCACCGGCACUGAGCUGACCAGCCCGGCCAUCGUUGUGACGGAGACGGAGACUGGCGCUGGCCUUGCUGCAGGAAAAGCUGGUCUACACUAUGGUCUUCUCAACACCGUCCGAGACGAGAUCAGGCAGCUUCAUCCCGAUGGCCGAAUCAAUGCUGUCACUCGCGGCCUCGUCAGCGAGACAGGAGAAAAUGCGACCACUCCAGCAGAUGUAGCUCGCACUAUGGCUUUCCUAGCCUCGAAGCGUGCGGCUGGACACAUUUCCGGACAAUGCAUCCGUGUUGAAGGCAACAACGAUCUAACUACAGCCAUGAUCCAAGAAUCGAAAUCCCUGACUAUCAAGGACUCCGUGCAGUCAAUCCCCCCGGCUCUAUCCAAAUCAAAGCGUAACAAGAUUCGCGUUGCGGUUUCAAUUGACCUCGACGCUGUCUCGGGCUGGCUGGGAACAAACUCGCACCCUGACAAUAACCUCGCAGACUACUCGGCUGGAUUCUUCGCCGCCCGAGUGGGUGUCCCUCGACUCCUGCGCAUGUUAAAGAAGCUUGAUCUCGCCAACAAAUGUACCUGGUUCAUUCCAGGUCACUCAGCCGAGAGUUUCCCGGAGGAAGUCAAGCAGGUCGUCGCAUCUGGCUGCGAAGUCGGACUGCACGGAUAUGCCCACGAGGGCGCCUAUCAACUCACACCGGAGCAGGAGCGCGACGUGCUGGUGAAGUGCAUCGAGAUCGCGCAGAACCUCACCGGCAAGAAGCCAGUCGGAUAUAGGGCACCUUUAUACCAGCUCCGAGAAUCAACCCUUGAUCUGCUGGAAGAGUUUGGCUUUGAAUACGAUGCCUCCCUCACCGACCACGACUGUCACCCAUUCUUCGCCCCAAAACGCCCGCCUCUUACCCCCAUAGACUUCUCCAAACCCGCCUCAUCCUGGAUGCACCCUGUGAAAGAAUCAUCUUCCCCACCCGAUCGUCGUCCUUUGGUUUGUGUCCCUUGUAACUACUACAUGGAAGACAUGACCCCCAUGCAGUUCCUUCCUCAUUGCGAAAACUCACAAGGGUACGUCGACACACGCAUGAUCGAGAAUAUGUGGCGGGAUCGAUUCCUGUGGAUCCGAGACAACGAGGAGGAGCCUAUCUUCCCUGUGUUGAUGCAUCCGGAUACAAGUGGCAUGGCGCAUGUUAUUGGGAUGUUGGAGCGCAUGUUACGGUGGUUGAAGGACUGGGAACGGGAGGGGGAGGUGGAGUUCUUGCAGACUGGGGAGAUUGCGAGGUGGUGGAAGGGGAAGAUGCUGAAGGAUGGAAAGUUGCCCCGCAGCUAA